AUGGAGAAAUACUAAGACAUUUUGGAGGGUAUUACUCAAAUAAUGGAUUAAAAAUAGGUUUAUGGAAAGAAAUAGGUAAGAAUUAUUGUAGGUAUCUCUAAAAAUAAUUAUUAGAGAAAGAUUGUAGAGGAGGGAGAGUAUAAUAAAGAUAAAAAAAUAGGUAGGUGGAAGAGGAUUUAUUAAACUAACAUAAUGUAAAUUCAAAAUGAAAAUUUAUGGGAAAGGAGCCUAUGAGGGUAAAAAAGAUCAGAAAGUUGGUAGAAUGAGAUAAAGAGUUUAAUAGUUAUAAGUAGGUGAAAAUUAGAAAAGUGGAUAGAAUUGGAUAAAGGGUUUAAAUUGUGAUUAAAUAAGUCGCUUAUAAUCGUGA